CGUCUCUCAACCGAAUCAGAAGCAACGAGCCUCUGUAUGAUUAAAGGUGAGUCAAAAUUCCAUCUGCUCAAAAUUUCACAGGGCUAAAAAUCUAUACCGCAUAGAGCGGACCAGCAUCUGCGUUACUGCCCGGAACCCGAUAAUACAGCCGGGCGCCCCUGGAUUCUCAUGGAGCAUAUUCCUGGAGAACGCCUCGACCGGGGCUUCGACAAUCUCGGAGUCAAGACUCAGAGCGAGAUUAUAGAGCAGUUGGCGAUCAUUCAGGCAAACUUGUUCGGUUUGCGGCCCAGUUAUAUUGGAUCCAUAUUUCGGGGACUUGGAGAGAAUGCCCUGAGGCUGGCAUAUUCGACGAGGGGAAGCUAUGCCAUCGGCCCACUCGACGAUCGCGUCUCCCUGGAGAAUGAAGAUACGAGGGCAUCAAGCCAACAGGGACCAUUCAGCUCGGAACGCGAACUGCUCGAAGCCCACGAUUCUGCGCGGCUAUAA